AUGUCGCAAUCUUCAAUAAUAGACAGUCCUGCUACUACUACUACUAAUGCUAAUAACAACGAGAGUAGCAACAAUAUAAUUGUAAAUAAGGCUUCGAACAGAGAUAAUAUUGUAGAUAAGAAUCCAAUAAUUUCUGUCACUUCAAAUAACAUACAUGAUGAUGAAAAUGAUGUAAGUGAUAAUUUUGAAUAUGAUAAUAAUCCAUUUUCAGGCACUACUCAUUUGUUUGCGUCUGGUAUCCAUGAUAUUAACUUAUAUACACACAUAAAUACUACUACUAAUCAUAAUAAUAAUAAUUUACUGACACCAACAAGACCUCAAUAUUUAUAUGAUAGCGAUCAUAUCGACUCAAUAAAUAAUACUCCGAAGAAUAAUUCCUCAAUAACAUUCUUAAAGUCCUCUUCAUCUCCAUUGCAUUCCGCUUCUUUUCCAUCUUCCUCAUCAUCUUCUUCCUCUUCAACAAAUUUAAUAAAUUCAAAUAAUUCAGAUUCACAUAUCCUUAGUUUGGAUCAACCAUUUAAUAAUUCCAUAAAUCCAAUUUCAAAUAAUAAUAAUAAUAAUAAUAAUAAUAACACAAGCAAAGGUAAUAGAAACAAUUCAAGUAAUAAUACAACUGAUCUAGAACCAUUUGAAAAUUUAUCUAUUUCGAUGUCUUUACCUUAUCAAAAAAAUUAUAUAACUAACAAUCCAUAUAUAUAUAGUAAGGACAACAAUAUUACUACUACCACUAGUAAUAAUAUCAAAGAUGAGAACACACAGGACCAUAACAAUAACAUGUCAAACUCAUUUUUCAAUGGUCCAAUUGUUAUUGUAGAUUCAGGUGAAUAUAAUGAUCCAUGGGGAAAACAUGCAAUUGGUUAUAUCAUUAGAAGUAAGAUUAUUGAUGAGAAUACAGGCCAAACUAUCGAACAAGAAGUAACAAGACGUUAUUCUGAGUUCUAUUCUUUAUACCAAGUAUUGCUUAAAUUGCUGCCAACUGUAAUAAUCCCACCAAUUCCAUCAAAACAUUCAAUAUUCAAAUAUUUUUUGAAUCCCAUUAAUGCUAAAAACGAUCAAAGAAUUAUAUCCAUGAGACAAAGAAGAUUAAUGGCGUUUCUAAAUCAUUGUAAUAAAAUUGAAGAGAUUCAAAAAUUAUCAGUGUUUCAAAAAUUUUUAAAUCCAAACUAUCUUUGGAAAGAUGUAUUAAAUUCUCCUCCAAUCUCAGUUUUGCCUAAUAAUAACAUUUUAGCACCACCCUUGAACGUGACUAAACCAAGUCCUUUGCAUCUUUUAUUACCUGCUCCAAAUUCUUUGAAUUCAGCUAAUAAUAAUACUAUCAAUAAUAGUGAUAAUGAUAUCCGUGGUAGUAUAACUACUGCUACCACCACAACUACCAAUAAUAAUAAUUAUAAUGAUAUCAUGAAUAAAUUUCUUCUAAAUCAAAACAUGUCAAUGGAGUCAAUCCAAAAAUUCCACUUAAACGAUUUUAAUAAACUAGAAUCUCAAAUUAAUCAAUAUUUAUAUUCCUUACAACCACUUUUAUCAAAGAUUAAAAAUAAUAAAUUUCAUAUUCAUUCUUUAUCAUCACAAUUUGCUGAAUUAGGAGCAUAUUAUAAUGCAUUGUCAUUGGAAACCUCACUCCCAUCAUUCGCGGCUACAUCUUCAUCGACUCCUUUAGAAUCCAUUAGACAAUUACAAAUGGCUAUUGAAAAAGUAGGCCAUUCAUACGAUGUGAACUAUGUUACACUGGAAAUUUUAAUUGAAAAUUUGACAAAUGUUAUAGAGGAACCAUUAGAUGAUUUGAUAAAAUUUAUUAAGGACUCAAGAAGGAUAAUCUUAUUUAAAAAUCUGAAAUUUGUUCAAUAUCAAAUCAUUGUUAAUACUAUACAUAGAAGAAAGCAUAGAUUGAAUGAACUAAAAAAUUUUGACAAUAAAAUGCAAAGGUUAGAUAUGGUUUUAAAAAGAGAUGCUCUUUCAUCACCGACAAUAGCAACUGCUAUUAAAAAUAUGAACACACAGAACAAGAAAACUGAUUCAGACGAUGAUAUUGGAGUAGAAUUCUCGGAAACUGAUUCCACGUCCCAAAUAAUUAAUGAUUCUCAACUAUUGAUCCAACUACAAUUACAGAAGAGUAAAAAAAGAUUGAAUAAAAGAAAAAAUAAAAUUAAGAAUAAAUUCGGUCAAAUUGAACCUGAAUUUUUAACUAAAAUGGAAAGAGAUGAAGAAAUCGAGAAAUUAAAUAAAGAGUUAAUCAAGUUGAAAGAUUGUGAAACUCUCAUUCAUUCGGAUUUACAACAAGUUAUUGAAUCCACAUUAAAGAAUCUAAACUACUUACUAAGAUUUAUAAAAAAGACUUGUCACAUGAUGUUAAAAAAUAUUACAAAAGCUAUAUUAAAUUGGAUAAAAGAAUGUCUAACCACGUGGCAUCAAACAAAAGCAAAAAUUGAUUGCAUAUAA